AUGUCUCACCGGAAGAGGCCUGGGUCCAGUGGCGGGACCAUCAUGGCAGCGCCUCCCCCUGCACCAGACGCUCACCCCACAGAGGCCCUGGAUCUGAGAGCACCUGCCCCACGACAACGGGCCAUCCGCUAUCCCAAAGACCACCACCAGCCCCACCCACGGGACCCCAAACCCCUCCCUCGCUCCAGUAAGGCCCAGUAUACUCGCCCCAAGAAGCAAGAAGUAAGUCCCCCCCCUCCCCCUCCUCCGCCACCCCCGCCUGUGGUGGAGCUGGAGCCUGAAGUGGAGGAGAGUCUGGAAGUACAGACUGAAGUAGAGGAGCACAGAGAAGUCGCACCCCCCACACCUGAGCCGUACCCCGACGACCCUCCAGAACACCAGGACUACCAGGACUACCAGGACCCCCCAGACUACCAUGACCUUCCAGACCACCAGGACCUUCCGGAACACGAGGACCACCAUGACCUUCCGAAACACCAGGACCACCUUGAAUUCCAGGACCUUCCAGAACACCAGGACCACCAUGAACUCCAGGACCUUCCGGAACACCAGGACCACCAUGAACUCCAGGACCUUCCGGAACACCAGGACCACCAUGAACUCGAGGACCUUCCGGAACUCCAGGACCACCCUGAACUCCAGGACCUUCCGGAACACCAGGACCACCAUGAACUCCAGGACCCUCCGGAAAACCAGGACCUUCCGGAACACCAGGAGCUUUCAGAACACCAGGCCCACCAGCACGUAGACCAUAGAGAGUACAACGCUGCAGCGGACAGUAUGGACGACGACUCUAGCUCAGAAUAUAUGAACAACUCCUCAGAGGACGAGGAUUAUGAUGAUGGCCUUGCGGAAGAGGACGAGGGUGUGACCUACUACAUCCGCUACUGCCCGGAGGAUGACAGCUAUCUGGAGGGAAUGGACUGCAGCGGCCAGGGCAACUGCAACCACUCACAUCCCCACAACCACAGCGAACACAGCCAUGACCCGGAGGACUACAGCACGGAAGUUCAGCCGCCCCACACAAGUGACGAAGGCCAGGAGGGUCAGGAGGACUGGGUGGAGGAUGAAGAAGGAUUGGAGUGCGAGCCUAGAGAGGAGGAGUGGGUGGAAGACGACAUUGCAGUGGAAGAAUGGAGAGAAGGGGAAGCCGAGGCACAACAAGAUUGGCAGGACGGCGAUCCAGAGCAUGACCAAUGGGAACAGGGCGAUAUUGAGGUGCAGGAGGAGUGGAGGGAGGGGGGCCAGGUGGCACAAGAGCCAUGGGAGAGACAUAGAGUUCAGCAAGACUGGGACGACGUGGAUGGAGAGGUGCGUUGCGAAGUCGUGGAGCAAGAUCCGGACGAGCAGAUUUACAACGGCCGCCCCGAACCCAUUUUGGAUCACUGCACGCACCACCACCGCACGCACCAUCCUCCCGAAAGCCUGCGGUCAGUUAGGCGAGCGGAUGGGGCGGAAGAAGAUGCGCCAGAGUGUGAGAAUUACUACGCCAACGAGGAGGAGGAGGGUGAAGAGGAAGAUGAAGGACACAGGAGGUCGUACACUGGAGAUUAUUACGCCCCUGAGGACAAUGGGAACUCGGUCAGAGGGUCUCCGUAUCGCGGGCGCAAGGUGUUGGUGGUAGAGGGGGAGACGGGGGAAGAGGCAGAGGAGGACAUUGACCAAAUUGUUGCUGAGAUUAAAAUGAGUAUGAGCAUGGGUAGUCUGAGCAGCAGCACUGACCAAAGCCCGGAAGAAUUGGCCCAGGACCCUGCUCCAGGCGGCUAUGGUCACACAAAAGCAGAGACAGCCUCCUACCCCCCGCCACACCACAGACACGACAGCAGACCCAAGUCCCUAAACUUGCCCUCAAUACACAACAACACCCCAGACUUACAGAGGGGAGUUAAGGCACACCCACGCUCACCCGAAGACCGACAGAGGUGGGCACAAGAGCAGGUCACAAAUGGAGCCGAACCCAGGAAACAGCAGCGCUCCGACCUCAACGUUCCUCUGGAGAACAACAACAUGGCAGAGCCAACCAAGAAAGUCACCUCCUUCCCCAGCUUUGUCGAUGCGAUAGUCCCAAGACUGCGUGAGCCAGAAGACCUGAUUCAUGGCAUUAUCUUUGCUACUAAAUACAAUGUUCCGGGCCCCUGUGAGCCAGAAGACCUGAUUGACGGCAUUAUCUUUGCUGCUAACUACCUUGGCUCCACACAGCUGCUGUCGGAGAGAAACCCCUCCAAGAACAUCCGUAUGAUGCAGGCCCAGGAGGCAGUGAGCCGGGUCAAGAAUGCCGAUGGCGACACCCAGACCCUGACGGAGGUGGACCUGUUCAUCUCCACUCAGAGGAUCAAAGUCUUGAAUGCAGACACGCAGGAAACAAUGAUGGACAAUGCACUGCGGACCAUCUCAUACAUCGCUGAUAUCGGGAACAUCGUGGUGCUGAUGGCGCGGAGGAGAAUGCCACGGACCGCGUCACAGGACUGCAUCGAGACCACACCGGGCGCUCCAGAGGCUAAGAAGCAGUACAAGAUGAUCUGCCAUGUGUUUGAGUCCGAGGAUGCCCAGCUAAUAGCGCAGUCCAUUGGCCAGGCCUUCAGUGUCGCUUACCAGGAGUUUCUUCGAGCCAACGGCAUUAACCCGGAGGACCUGAGCCAAAAGGAGUACAGCGACAUCAUCAACACUCAAGAGAUGUACAACGACGACCUCAUACACUUCUCCAACUCUGAGAACUGUAAAGAGCUGACUUUGGAGAAGGCUAAAGGAGAGAUCCUGGGCGUGGUGAUUGUAGAGUCGGGUUGGGGUUCCAUUUUACCAACAGUGAUCUUGGCCAACAUGAUGAACGGAGGGCCAGCCGCACGCUCUGGAAAGCUCAAGAUUGGGGACCAGAUCAUGUCCAUCAACAACACCAGCCUUGUGGGACUGCCCCUUGCCACGUGCCAGGGAAUUAUCAAGGGCUUAAAGAAUCAGGUCCAGGUAAAAAUGAAUAUUGUGAGCUGUCCUCCUGUUACUACCGUCCUCAUCAAGAGACCAGACCUCAAGUAUCAGCUGGGAUUCAGUGUCCAAAAUGGCAUCAUCUGUAGUUUGAUGCGAGGGGGCAUUGCUGAACGAGGGGGGGUCCGUGUUGGUCACCGCAUCAUUGAGAUCAACGGGCAGAGCGUGGUCGCAACAGCACAUGAGAAGAUUGUCCAGGCUCUGUCCAACUCUGUGGGAGAGAUCCACAUGAAGACGAUGCCAGCCGCCAUGUUCAGACUCCUAACAGGACAGGAAACACCAAUGUACAUAUAG